CCCGGCCGGCAGCAGCAGGAGGCGGCGGGUCGGAGCAGGACGCCCCGGCCGCUCGCUCCUGCUGGGCUGGGCCUGAGCCCUGGGGUCGGAGCGCGGAGCCCGGCCCCGGCCCCCGGCGCGGCCCCGACAUGUCCGGCAAGAUCGAGAAAGCAGAUUCUCAGCGCUCCCAUCUCUCCUCUUUCACCAUGAAGUUGAUGGACAAGUUUCAUUCACCAAAAAUAAAGCGAACGCCAUCAAAGAAAGGAAAACAGGCUGACCUGACAGUGAAAACCCCAGAGAAGCCAGUGAACAAAAAUUUAACUUGGCUUGAGGAGAAGGAAAAGGAGGUUGUAAGUGCAUUGCGCUAUUUUAAAACCAUUGUGGACAAAAUGGCAAUUGACAAGAAAGUACUGGAGAUGCUGCCAGGUUCAGCAAGUAAAGUGCUGGAGGCCAUCUUACCUCUGGUCCAAGUAGACCCUCGGAUUCAGCAAAGUUCUGCCAUCUCUUCCUGCUAUAGCCGGGUGUACCAGAGUCUGGGAAAUCUGAUUCGUUGGUCUGAUCAGGUGAUGCUGGAGGGGGUGAACUCAGAAGACAAGGAGAUGGUGACCACAGUGAAGGGUGUCAUUAAAGCUGUUCUGGACGGAGUCAAGGAGCUCGUCAGACUCACAGUAGAGAAGCAGGAACAUCCGUCUCCCACAAGCCCAGUUAAACCCAGUUUACCAGCAUGUAAAUCUGACAGCCCCUCAGAGCUUCCCCUGACGGAUAGAGAGAUGGAGAUUCUCAACAAGACAACUAGUAUGACUCAGUCUUCUGAGAUACUGACUGACUCCAUGGACGAAGAGGUUGCCCCUCCCAAACCCCCUCUACCUUGCAUUCGCGUGGCAGAAAACAGCCCUCCUCCAGCUUUGCCCCCUAAAAAAAGGCAGUCGGCGCCUUCUCCUACCAGAGUGGCAGUAGUCGCACCUAUGAGUCGAGCCACCAGUGGAUCUAGUUUACCUAUUGGAAUCAACAGACAGGAUUUUGAUGCUGACUGUUACGCACAGAGGAGGCUGUCAGGCGGCAGCCACUCCUAUGGAGGGGAAUCCCCUCGCCUCUCGCCAUGCAGUAGCAUGGGCAAGCUCAGCAAGUCUGAUGAGCAGCUCUCCUCACUGGACCGGGACAGUGGGCAGUGCUCCCGUAACACAAGCUGUGAAACAUUAGAUCACUAUGAUCCGGACUAUGAAUUCCUGCAGCAGGACCUCUCUAAUGCUGACCAGAUACCUCAGCAGGUGCCAAGUAUCCUCAGCCCAUUGCCAGAGUCUUUGGGCGAGUGUGGCUCCCCAUUGCAUGGACAUGUUUUCCAGCUCCCCCAGGGCAGCUCCCCCCAGCCGCAAUACUGCAGCUCGUUGACAGGAACACAGUCUACAGAGACUCCUCCAGCUUUGCCAGAGAAGAAGAGGAGGAGUGCAGCCUCUCAGACUUCAGAUAAUGCAGGCUGCAGAGUUUCCUAUGAGAGGCACCCCUCACAAUAUGAUAACAUCUCAGAGGAUGAUAUGCAGAACCCAGGAGCUCUCUCGUCAGUACCCUUCACGUCAUUUGCUGCUGGCUUGCCCUUCCAGCAGGGCAAUUCUUCAGUGCCGGUUGAAUUCAUUACUGAGUUUGCUGCUCCUGACUCUAAGGGUGACCCAGAGAACCCCCCUCCUCUGCCAGAGAAGAAAAACAAACACAUGCUGGCAUAUUUGCAGUUUAUGGAAGACUACUCAGAGCCGCAGCCAUCCAUGUUCUACCAGACACCUCAGAACGAACACAUCUACCAGCAGAAAAACAAGCACCUCAUGGAAGUCUAUGGGUUCAACGACUCGUUCAGCAGCACGGACUCGUCGCAAGAACUGGCACCACCCCCUGCCCUUCCGCCAAAACAGCGACAGCUGAGUGAAAACGCCAGUGAGGAGGCUGGUGAGGGUGAAUACGUCAAUCUGUAUUCCUCUGGCCAAAGCAACGGGGAACUCCCUCACUCUGAAGGAGAAUCUCCUGCCAUCAAAGACGGCCACCCCAAAGACUCCACUUCGCACAGCAGCACCACUGGGAAGGAAAGCAGAGAUGGUGGUGAGAGGCAGCAAAAGUCACCAGAUGCUUUGGAAUCAUCACUAGAGGAGGAGGUAGAUGAGCUGACCCUGAUUGAUCACAAUGAAAUUAUGGCUCAGCUGACACUGAAGCAGGAGGGUGAUGAUGGGCCAGAUGUUCGUGGUGGAUCUGGAGAUAUCUUGCUAGUCCACGCAACUGAGACUGACAGGAAAGAUCUGGUGCUGUACUGUGAAGCCUUUUUGACAACGUACAGAACAUUCAUUACCCCUGAAGAGCUCAUCAAGAAGCUGCAGUACAGGUAUGAGAAGUUCUGUCACUUCCCGGACACGUUUAAGAAGCGAGUCAGCAAGAACACAUUCUUCGUGCUGGUGAGAGUGGUGGACGAGCUGUGCUUAGUGGAGUUGACGGAAGAGAUUCUAAAGCUGUUGAUGGACCUGGUGUUCCGGCUAGUCUGCAAUGGAGAGCUCAGUCUCGCUAGAGUGCUACGCAAAAAUAUUCUGGAUAAAGUGGAUCAGAAGAAAAUGCUGAGAUACGCCAACUCAAUCAAACCUCUAGCAGCCCGAGGGGUGGCAGCCAGGCCGGGGACCUUGCAUGAUUUCCAUAGUCAUGAAAUAGCUGAGCAGCUGACCCUCUUAGAUGCUGAGCUCUUCUACAAGAUAGAGAUCCCAGAAGUUUUGCUUUGGGCAAAAGAGCAAAAUGAGGAGAAGAGUCCCAACCUGACACAGUUCACUGAGCACUUUAAUAACAUGUCCUACUGGGUCCGUUCGAUAAUUAUGCUACAAGAGAAACCACAAGACAGAGAGAGGCUGCUCCUUAAAUUUAUAAAGAUUAUGAAGCACUUACGAAAGCUGAAUAAUUUUAACUCCUAUCUGGCCAUUCUUUCUGCACUGGAUUCAGCACCCAUCCGAAGGCUGGAGUGGCAGAAACAGACAUCGGAGGGCCUGGCAGAGUACUGCACACUCAUCGACAGCUCCUCGUCCUUCCGUGCCUACCGAGCAGCUCUGGCAGAGGUGGAGCCUCCCUGCAUACCUUACCUAGGGCUGAUUCUGCAGGACUUAACGUUUGUUCACCUGGGAAACCCAGAUUACAUUGAUAGCAAAGUGAACUUUUCCAAACGCUGGCAACAGUUUAACAUCCUGGACAGCAUGAGGUGCUUCCAACAAAUACAUUACGACAUCAAAAGAAAUGACGAUAUAGUCUCAUUCUUCAAUGACUUCAGCGACCAUUUGGCUGAGGAGGCCUUGUGGGAACUGUCUCUCAAAAUCAAACCUCGAAACAUAACGAGGCGAAAAACAGACAGGGAAGAGAAAACCUAGGAGGAGUGGGGUGUGAGCGAGGCGAAUCGCUCUGCGGAUGCACCGAGGGCAGCUAUGAGACUGGAGUAAAUACUUGUACCUGUUACUGGAUGACGCACUCUUCCUGCCCAGUUGGCAGCAGUCACUUGCUUCCUUGGGUCUGUGAAUAUUGGAUUCUCUCAGCAGAAGAACUGUGAAUGUGUGUGUGUCAUAAGACAGCAACAGCCAAGGAAAGAAAUCAGCCAAUGCUCAUUCCACUCUUCUUCCUCCACCUCCCGUCUCUCCAUGCCAUGAACCAGCUUUAAACCUGGGAAGAGAGUGCAGUGGAAGGAGGAUCCCCUGUAGGCGUGUUACUGGUUUGCCAAUUGAUGUUUUACAUGUAUUCUGAAAUACUCUUGCUUUUGUCUUCAAGCCGCAGGGGGCAGCAGCAAUAGCUUAGCAGCCUUGAGCUGUAUGUCUGUGGAUCGCAGGGCACCUAUGCAGCAGACAAAAACCGUGGAAGCCCUGGAUUGUUCCCUCUUACCUUCUUGCCUCCCAUGCAAUGUGGUCAUGAAUCACUUUUUCCCCAAGGAAGAUGGAGUGGCAGGGUGCUGCCAGAGAAGCUUUAUUUUGGAAGCGUUUGUGUGUGUUUACAGGGUUAUUGAAUCUAAUUGCCCCGGAUCUCUCUGACCUUAAUCCACAGAUAUGGAAGAGGCACUGAAAACAUGGGCAAGGACUGCGGUCUCCAGUUAUCGCAUCCCCCUUCCCCCACCAAAUCUCAUUAUUUAAAAAGAUGGUCAGUCUCCCAACUCUGGGAAGGUUGACUAGCCAAGGUACUGUGGCUCAAGUGUCCUGUGAGCCCGUAUCCCUUAGUGAUGGUACUAGCUACUGCACAGUAAAUACUGUAGUAUAUAAGACUGUUUGUAAAUACUAGUAUUUAGAUUCCACAGAGGGCGGGGACUAGUGCAUGUCAAAAUGCCAGUGGCUUUAAAGGAAAACAAGUGCAAAAGGACGUGUAUAAAUCCACAACUAGUGAAAAUGUCUUUCCGAGUGCUGGAAUAAAGGAGACUUGGGGCAGCCGUGUCUGGAGCGGAGUACAGAGGGGACAUUUGGAGCCAAGAGGAAUAUUUCCAGGAUUUUAAAUGCUAAGGUGCAAAGAAAAGGGCAUGUGUUCAGUGCUAAGACUGGUCAUCCUCUCCCCCUCACCCACCUCACUUGGGUUGUUGCCUGAACUGGUUAUGGAACCCCCGCUGCAUAACCUUUGGUGCUGCAUUUUGUGAUCUUAGCGUUGGAAGAGACAGAAGGCAGCUUUGGAGCUGGCAAAGCUCUGUCCCCAGUAUAGUCAAGUCAAGAUUCAGGGGACACAGGCAGCCCUGCACGUCAUGGGGAGUUAGCACGUCACAUACCAUGUUAACCCUGAUCUGGUCCAUGUGCCUUAUUCAGUUUCUCUACCCCUUUCCCCCGUGGUCGUGCCCUCAGAUGAGCAGUCCUUUCCACCAGCGCAGGUAGGACUGGCCGAUUCACACCCGCGACCUUUCUGUCCUUCAUCAACUGUUUACAGUGCUGGUCAUGUUUUCAGGAAUGUGUUGUAGAUUUUAAUCAGCCUUGCAAGGCCUGUUUUGGAACUACUUUGUGUAGUUUGCCUGACAGUGAAUCACUGUGUUUUAUAGCGAAGUCUAACAAAAUGCUUGCAGCUUUUAGAGGUGUAAGUCUUAGGGAGUGUACAUAGGAGCUUCUCCCAGCAGCACCCUUAACUUCCUUAUUAAGAGCCGUUCAGUGUUUGCUAAGCCUACCUUGUUCUGAGUGAAUCAGAGUUACAAAACCCUUCCUUCUUCACACUCAUUGCAGAGUCUUUCCUCCUCCCUGUUGUUAAACAGCAGCUUUGACUGACAAUCUGUGUGACACCAGCUGGAGUGACAACCCAUAUUGUUUGGUUUAUAGUAUUAUUUAAAUCUAUACAUCUUUUUUAAAGGACGCUCUAAGCAGAAGAUAAUGGGCUUGUCUCCACACAAACCUUGCACCUGUUUAACUGAAGGUUUGUUUUAAACCAGUUUGGGUAGACACUUCUAUUUCAGUUUGAGUGGCUCAUGUCAAUUUAGCUUAAGUAAAUUCUUUCCUGUCUUAAGCUGACCUGAAAUAAGUCUCUACACAAACUAUUGCUCCAGUUUAACUAAAUCCAUUUUUAAAGUGGUGUAACUUUCUCAGGUAGACAAGCCCACAGUCUCCCAGACGCAGGAUUAAUGUUCUGUGCAUAUGCAGCAUUCUUGCUUGCUCCUGACAUACUUCUACUUGUCUUUGCCAUGUUACAGGCCAAACCAUUCCGAACACGAAUGGCUAGCUAGGGAGAAUGCAUGAAAUGAUUAGUCUGUCAGGGCAGCUGUAUUUCAUAUAAAGGGACUAUAGCGGGGACCCAGAGGCCAACAGACCAUUUCUGGCUGGAUCCAUGCAGCCCCUAGAAAGGGCAGUCUGAACAGUCCAAGAGGAGAAGCCUCUCCAUACUGAAGACCCUGAAUCUGAAAGAGAAAGAAAUUUGACAAGUUUAUAAAGCCAGAUUUGUUGUCUAUGUAGCUAAUCUGUGUGUGUUAUCGAGCUGGCAACUUUGCACGGUAAAGUCUUUGCGAUCUGUGAAGCAGCAAAUGCAAUCCACCUCUUGUGCAGGAUCCUCUGCUGGUUGGUUCUGAACAUGUCACUUUAUUAUUUAAGGUGUGUGUUGCAGCACAGGUGAUUUAUAGCAGUAUUGUGUGUGGUCGUGUUGCUAAAAUUGUCCUUUCAUUUCAGUGUGUUCCAGCUUGGUUCCUCGUGUGUGUGUGUGUGUUGUGCCCCUUGUGGGUUAAAGUCUGAGACUGGCACUGGCCACCUGUUGGGAAGGGGCAGGGGGGGUGAGAGACCUCAGCAGGCAGAUGCACCUCAGUGGUAAUGCACCUUGUCCUAAAAGCUGCCCCACAGACGCUCACGUCUUUUCUGGCCUUUCCGUAUCACUGUUUCAAGUCCUUGCCUUGCAACUAAACUGCAGACAAGACCCCUCUGAAAGGAGCACAGACGGAGAUAAGGCUGCCCAUCCACACACAGCCAGCUCCUAGUGAAAAGCAAGUGUUUGCUGCUUGCCACAUGGCUGCUGUGAGAUUAUCUGAGUGCUGGCUGUGCAAAUAACCACCUGGGAGAGGGCAGUUGAUUGACAGCUGCUGCUGUGACCCAAAUCCCAACAACACAGUGCCCUGGGCGAAGACAACUCUGGAGAAGAAAAAACUAGGACUGGGCAAUGGGAUGGAUCCCUUGAUUAUUGCCCUGUUCUGUUCAUUCCCUCUGAAGCACCUGGCACUGGCCACUGUCGGAAAACAGGCUACUGAUCUAGAGGGGCCAUUGGUCUAACCCAGUAGGGCCAUUCUGAUGGUUCUUUGGGGACAUCCCUGGGUGAUACGCAGAGUGCUGGCUUUCCUCUCAAUUUUAGGUUUGUACAUAUAGUUUUGUUGAGUAGUGGGGCUGCUUUGGCAGAACUGAGGUGACUCACUUUAUGGACAGGCACCGGAGCAGCAGAAUGAGCAGUGCUGUUGGGGAGGGGCGCCAGAACGUUCUCAUCACAAGUACAAAUGAGUUUCAGUAGCAUUAUACCAUGUAUUGGUUCCCUGUCAGCGGCAGGCCUAGCAGCUCCGUGGGUGUGAAGGGUUCACUCCUCUGCUCUAAUGCUUCCCUGUGAUCAGAAGCCGGACACUUCAGCUAUCUGCAGGCCUGCAAAUGUAAAGGUCAGUCAUGCCUCUUGCAGAUAGAGUCCGUAAACCAUUUCCCCUCUGGGAGGAGUGGGGGAUUUUAAAGCAUUGACUGAAUAUUCAGACGGAGGCCAAGUAAGAGAUGACGCCAGUUUGUACAUUACCGCUGUGAUGACAGCAGCUCUAUCUGGAGUUGUGGAGGGAAGUAGAAGUGGAAGGAAGCCCUGUGUUACCUGAACUCUGCUGAGCCACCUGCCAGCCGUGCUGACCCCAAGUCUCUCCUGCCGUCCCAGAAUGUUACAUUGUAUUAUCUAUUUACCACUAAGCCAAUCCUGAUAGUGACAUCUUCCUGCAAACAUUUCAAACCUGUAACUUUUAUAUUAAAGCAAAAUAAAUACCGAUAAAGAAUCCAGCCUAACGAUCGUGUUUACAGUGCAUGCAGCAGUCUGCGGAUUAAAGUGACAAUCGAAUCCACUUCAACUGCUGGUGUGGCCUUGUAUUUUCUGUGUUUUUCCUCUGUCUGGGUCUCAUUUUUCAGUUGGCCUUUCGUUUUCUCCUGGUAAAACACACACGCAUCUCAGAGCCAGAACAUCUUUCUUCCCCCUUCUUCCCCAGCACAAGCUUAUUCAUUGGCACAGAAUUAGGGGUGCUUUCCAAGGAGCCCUCCAUGAGGUGCCACUUACCCCUGAACAUCCAUAUUCACAUAGCCAAUAGGAGGAGGGGAUCCAGGAUAUAACGUGUGAAAAAGGAUGUGUGUAUGUUGCAGUGUAUCUAUGAAAGUGGCAUUGCGACACUCCACACAAGCCUAUAAAUAAUUGCUCCUGAGGCAUGGAUUGCUGAUAAUGUGGUGCUCCUGGUCUAUUUCAGUCCUGGAUAAGUUUCAAAAUUCCACUGGAAAUAAUCUGCAUCUGCCAGAUUGGAGUGUAGGAUGCUCAGACACUGACCGAGUCGCAUACCAAAAGCAACGCUAAAGACAGAUGGUCUUACAGGGCGUGACACAUGGUAUGCCACAUCAGAGCUGGCUGGAAAAAACCACUCCCUCUGGCAGUCAAGAGUUGCAGCUUUGUGGGAGGAGAGAGAGAGACCCUGCACACAUAAACUGUGUCUCUGUUUGCACCAUAGUCAGUAUAGUGUGUGUGUUCAUUUUACCCUCACUAUAAGGCAAAGAAAGGAUGGCCUAAUGUUUUGAAGUACAGGCCUGGGAGUCAGCUCUCCUGGGUUCUAUUUCCAGUUGUGUCGCUAUUUCAUUCUGACCUUCUGCAAGUCAUUUCAUGUGGCUGUGUCUCAUUGCCCCCAUCUAAAAUGUCUACUCUAGAGGGAGAGUGUUAGGCUUAAUUCAUGAAUCAAUUGGAGACCCUCUGAUGGAAAGUGCUAUAGGAGUGCCAAGCAUUAUCUGUCCUAAUCCGAGUCACAGCACCUUUCUAUACAUGCCUCGUUUUUCUGUUUAGAAGUUGUGUGUUUUCAGACAUGUAAUAAUUUUUGCUUCUCAGAGUUCGCUUAGCCCGUGUAUUUCAUGCCCAAAUGGCUUUGUAACAUGAGCUCAGCACUUUUAAGCAGUUGUCAUGUUCCACUGCAGAAGUGGCCACAUUUCAGUGAUGGGCAAAGGAGAUCUCUGUCUUAUCCCUUAACUGCAUCACAGAAAUAUUGAUACUCACACCUUCUUGUCAACUGUUGGGAAUGGGCCACAUCCACCCUAAUUGAAUUGGCCACGUUAGCACUGACUCUCCAAUUGGUAAGGCAACUCCCAUCUUUUCAUGUGUUGUAUAUUUAUACCUGCCUCCUUUUUUUUUUACUCCAUGCAUCUGAUGAAGUGG